AUGGUAUCAGACGCAGGUCUCAUUGUUUGUUUUGUUUACAUAAAUCUGUUUUGUUUGAUUUAUCAAGAAUUGCUUUCUUUUAUCCUCUUCCUUUCUUCCUCUCACAUGGAACCUGUACCAGCAAAUCAACCCACCAUUCUGCAUACCCAUAUCUCUAAACCGGCAACCGAUCCCACCCAAGAUCCAAGCAGUGUUUAUUACUUACACCCUUCGGAUUCCGCUAGCGUCAAAUUAGUUUUGGUUGUGUUUGAUGGUACUUGUAUUAGUGAUUGGAAGAGGUCAAUGAUUAUAAGUCUUGAUGCAAAAAAUAAAAUGUCUUUUGUUGAUGGUAGUUUGCCUCAACCUCCUGAUGGAUCUUUAGACGAAGGUGCAUGGAAACGAUGCAAUAACAUGGUGAUCGGUUGGCUCAUUUCUUCUUUAGAGAGGCAUAUCGCAAAAAGUAUCAUGUAUUUCAAAACCGCCAAUGCCGUUUGGAAUGAUCUUGAGUGUCGAUAUGGUAAUCCAUCUUCUUCACAAAUAUAUAGGCUACAAGAGCAACUCCUCAAUACUUCUCAAGAAUCAAAUAUGAGUGUAGCCGAAUAUUUUACUAAAGUUAAAUCUUUAUGGAAUGAAAUAGGUGACCUUAAACCUUUACUCCUUUGUACUUGCAACCCCACAACAAACUUCAUCAAGAUUCAAUAG